GGAUUCGACCGAGGUUUUACUUUUAUUACCUAUAUAUACAUAUAGUUCUCCUUUUUUUCAAAGUUCUCUUAUAAAUAAACACAAGUAAAAGCGGUGAUUUAAAUAACUUUUAUCAUCCAAUAUAUAAGGAGAUAUAAUAGACAUGACUACUCAACAGCAUCGUUAUAAGAGUAGUCGCGUGCGUAACGAGGAAGAAAUAAGAUUCAAAGAGAAAGGGAUGGUGAAGAAGAAGAAGAAGAACGCGCUCGAGUUAUGGAGUAUCUUCAAAGAGAGACUAACUCCGACGGAUUUGAAGACGCUCACCUCCUUGCUGAUAGAUUCUAACCGCAGAAGAAUCGACAAGACCCAACUCAUUGCAUCUGCUCUGGUUUUGUUCAAGAAGGACGACUUUCUUCAUCGAUGCUUCACAGAUUUUCUCAACAAGCCUCAAGAAGAAGAUGAAGAAGAGGAUGAAGAUAAAGCACUCAGUGAGGUUGAGGCUGAGUCGCUCAAGAACUUCUGUAAGAUGGUCAGUAAGGGACUGGGUCCUUCCGAGUUGCUAGAGUUAGUCUCCUCCGUUAAAGACUUUGGUAAGAAAAAAAUCAAACUCAGCCAGUUUCGUAAGUCUCUUUCACUUUUGUUCAAAAACAAUGGUCAAGAAGAUGAACGUGGAAAGACCCAACAAAACGUUCAAGAUACGGGUCUUGAACUUGAAGAAGGUGAAAUACGAGAAGAUGGUCUUGGGGUUAGGGCUAAAGUAGGUAACAAGUCGAAAGAAGAUCAAAAGAUUGGAGCCGAUGCUGCUGAGAUUAGGGUUUCUGAGGAGCGAGAGUUGGUGAAAGACGUAACGCAUGGCUUAGACAAGAUGGAUUUGGAAGGAAAGAAGAGAAGACUAUUGCAAACUACUGAGAGGUCUCUGAAGAAAGCAAGAACCUCGUCAAGGCAGUUAGAACGAGUGACACCGAGCUAUAAGCUUAUCCCUGAGGAAGAACAGUGUCCUGUCUCAAACAAGGUACUGAACAACAAGUACGCUGUGAUGCAAUUUAAAGGUGCUUCGAGACGUAAGAAACUGAGCAAGUACGAAGAAGCAGUGGCGAGAUGCGAAGAGGACAUGUUUGAGAGUGAUAUGUUGAUGGAAGCUCUGAAAAGCGCAGUGGAGAGUGCGGAACAAGUUAUAAAGGAGGAGAUGAGCCUGGAAAAUCUUGGUGUGAAGUUCUACAGAUGCAUCGAAAGGCUAUACCGUGGAGAUAUGUUUGCAGUUGUAAGAGAAGACCACAAGACGGUUUUGCCUGUGAUCUUAAUCAGGCUGAAGCAGAAGCUGGAUGCGGUCAGAGUUGCUCGGGAAAUAUGGAUCCCUAUGUGGAAGCAAGUCUUUGAAGAUAACACUAUAAAGCAAAGAGAAUCUACUACAUUUAGACGGCGAUAAAUGUAACUAAGCAGGUUUACUUUUGGUUUGAUGUCCCACUUUAUGACACUGUGUAUUUCAUGAGAGUUUUGUAAAUACAGGAAAGGCAGAUUUUUUAGCACAAGAAGAACAAAGUCUUCAAGCAGAUCAACCCAAAUCUCUAUACUCAUAGUAAUGUUGAUACAAGAGCCUACAAUUUAUAUUUCUUAGGCAGCUAAUAUAUUAAUUAAUGCAUUGCGUGUAACUACACUUCUUUUUUAGAGGCCGGUCUACAUUGGAAAAUUCCAACAAGAAGACGCUUUUGAAGUAGAAUUAACGUUUAACAGCAAAUCCAAGUAGAAAUUCCUGCAAUUCCAUAUCAAGCUCUAUUAAGUUAGCUUAUAUUUGCUGGACUUAAAGACAAUAUAAUGAUCGAGUAUCAAAUUGUCAAAAA